AAUUCAGAUAACAGUAACAAGCUGCCAGCAGUGGGCAUAGAUGAUGAAGUGCUUCAGUUGCAUUAUUUGUCUCCUUGCUAUCACACUUGUGGUAGAUGGUAUUAAAUACCGACACAAUUACCAACAGCCAAAGAAAGGUAAUGUACUGCCAGUCCCUUUUCCCUUAGUACCAGCUCAAGGUCCUCUACCAUUGAGAGGUCCAUUGCCAGGACCAUUACCAGGCCCUCGUCCAUUCCCUGGUCCAUUCCCUGGUCCAGCAUGCAGACGCAUAAUACAAUGUCUCCCUGGACAGGUUUUUGAUGAGAGGGUUUGUCGCUGUGUCUGUCCAGUACGUAUACAACAGUGUCCAGGAGGAUCAACAUUUGAUCAAGGCACUUGCAAGUGUCGAUGCAAUGCUGUAUGCAACCAGUUUCAGGUACUUAAUGAAGCAGCCUGCAGGUGUGACCCACACAACAAUCCACCAGCAAGUAAUUGUCCAGGUUUGAGGUGCUUUGUAAAUCAAGUUCCAAAUUUCCAAACAUGUCAAUGCCAGUGUCGUAACUUAGUCCAGUGUCGCUUUCCUCAGAUAUUCAAUCCAAGCACUUGUCAGUGUCAGUGUCCUGCUAACAGAGCCUGCACCAAUUUGCAGUUUGUAGAUCCUAAUACAUGUCAGUGUACAUGUAGACAAGAUAUUGCUUGUCCAAGAGGACAGGUUAGGGAUCCUUUUAGCUGUAGGUGUGAAUGUGACAGGAGAAGCUGUCGGUUCCCUCAAGUACUCAAUCCUGAUACCUGCCAGUGUGAAUGCAGCAGACGUUUCUGUCCCAGUCCUAGGUUCCUCAAUCCAGCUACAUGUCAAUGUGAGUGCAGUAAUGGCCAAUCUAGCUGUAAUCCUCAAAACCAAAGGUUUAAUCCUGAUACUUGUCAAUGUGAAUGUACUAGAGUAUCAGUGACAGUAGAAGUCACUGAGCCAGGUAUACCAAUACCAGGUCCACCAGCUGUGGGUCCUCAACCUCCUAUCUUCAUUGGUGGAGGAUCAAGAACUCCUGGUGGAAGAUUACGUCCUGGUACUAAUAGAUUCAUUUUUGGAGGCAAUGGUUUCAAUGGUUUCAAUACUGGUUUCAAUACUGGUUUUCCCCAAGCCUUUGGAAAUGGGUUUCAAUUUUUAGGAAGAAGAAAAAGAGCAGCACUUGUCAAUGAGAGAAACCGUCGUCGUACUUCAAGAUCACCAGGAGGAGGUGGUUUCAUAUUCUUACCUCCAGCACCAACAGGACCUCCUGCUACUAGUCCACCAUCAACCCGUACUGAGAUUCGUUUUGUCUCACCACCAUGCCCUGCAGGAACUUUCCUUAAUAGUGCCACAUGCUCAUGUAACUAAAUGUGUCAUUUGAUAUUAUAAUGUAUGAUACUAUAAUGUUUCAGUUUGACUUUGAUAAUUUGGUCAAUGAUAACUUUUGAAAAUUGAA